AUGUUGGCCAUUGCAAACAUAAGAUUACACAAAGUGGUCUCCAACUCAGUGGACGUCAUGGAGGCACUGCCUGCGGAAGAUCGUGCCAAGAGCGUGAGCGAUCUAGACCUGCGUCGCGAUGUACUGCUAACACAGCAUUCGCUCGGGUUCCAUUGGGAUAUCGAGAAGGACGACUUCACUUUCCGUGUUUCCUUGCUAGAAAAGCCCUUUACACGGAGAGUACUGUCCACUAUAAACUCUGUGUACGACCCACAGGGGCUCGCAUCUCCAGUCAUCUUGGAAGGCAAGCUAAUCCUACAGCAACUCGUCCUCAUGGGAAAGAAGGCCGACAACAACAAUCGCCUUGGCUGGGACGAUCCACUCCCGGAGAAUAUGAACAAACGCUGGAGUCGCUGGAGAGAUGACCUCCCCAACCUAGAGGAGGUAUACAUUCCUCGAUGCUACCACCCCGAAGGAUUUGGCACCGUCGAACGAAGAGAGAUACACGCGUUUUCCGACGCAAGUAAGGAUGCCAUUGGAACUGCUGACUACUUGCGAGAGAUCAGCUCUGGAGGAAACAUUAGUGUUUCACUCCUGUUCGGACGAUCCAAGAUCGCACCCACCCACUCAACGAGCAUACCCAGACUCACGUUGUGCAGUGGGGUUCUAGCCACCCAGGCAGUGAGAAUGAUACGCAGGGAACUUGAUGUCGAAAUCAACGAGGAAAUAUAUUACUCCGAUUCGAAGGUGGUAUUAGGCUAUAUUCAGAAUGAGAACAGGAGAUUCUACGUCUAUGUAGCAAACCGCGUCCAAACAAUCCGCAACGCCACAAAACCAAGCCAGUGGAGAUACAUUGACACCACAAGUAAUCCUGCAGAUCUCGCAACACGCUGCAUGUCCCCAAGCAAACUUGUGGGGUCGCGGUGGAUCUCGGGCCCAGAUUUUUUUUACAGAGUCAACUAUCUCAGCCUCCAUACUUACCUCAGGAGGUGCCUCUGGACGAAAGCGACCCCGAAGUGA